AUGCAAUGUCAAGUUUGUUAUGAAAAUAAAAAUAUUUCUUAUAAAUGUUCGAAAUGUAGAAUUAAAUAUUGUUCAGUUGCAUGUUUUCAGAAACAUAAAUCAUCGGAAACAUGUUUUGAAAAAACUUUUGAAUCAAAAUCAACAGUAGAAGCUCCAAUAACACAAACUCAAUUACCGAUUGAACUUGGCGACGAUGAAGAGAGUGAUCGUCUUCCAACAAACAUACUCGAACGAAUUGAUCAAUCAAAUGAAGUACUUGAACUAUUAAAGAAUCGUCAUUUACGAACAAUGAUCAAAGCAUUAGAUCGUUCGAUAAAUCCAGCUGAUGACCUGCAAAAAGCCAUGAUGGAACCUAUUUUUGUUCAAUUUGUUGAUCAAUUGUUAAUGAUUGUUGAAAAUAAAGAUAGAUGA